AUGGUACCUGCAACUCCUCCAAGAUCGAGGAACAGACGUGGGAAGGGUAUCACGCUGGAACCUCCAAGACCCGAUCUUGUUCCCAUGUCGCCACAACAUCACACACAGGCUUCAAUACCGGUUACACCUGGCAGUGUGGGGGCAAAACCAAGCUCGUUUCAGUUCAACAAGCUCAGAUCUCCGCGACAUCGCUCGCCAAUCAGGGGACUCAGAACGCCAGAAUAUACACCCGUCAAACCGUCAGAAAGCGCUCGCAAGAAGCUAGACUUCGGCGAGGAAACGCAGGAAUUUCGAAGUGUAGGUAGAGUUCUGUUCCCAGAAAGUAAUGAUGGUCAUUCAGAUAGGUUUCAGAGCAGGUUUCUGGCACCUGCUCCCAGCACGAAAACUCUUCAAAAAGCUCCACAGCUUCUGCCGCCGGAUUUCUCAUCGAUCAUGAAAGAUCCACUUUGUUCGAAAAGAGCUAUCCCGGAAAUCUACGCGGAUGCCUGGGAAACAGAUGAAAGUACCGAUUCGCCUAGAAAAGGCGCUAAACAAACCCCGGGAACGCCCAGCGACAAGAUUGUAACGUUCGAACUUGCAAAGGACUGGAAUAACAACUCGGGAUCGUGCCUCUCGUCCGAUGAAGAGGACGAGGAAACCAUGAUAAAAUCAAAAAGUUUAAAAAACCCUUUCGAAAGUGGGUCCACACCUAGCGAGGAGACCAGACAGCGGCGCAAGCAACUCCUGCUAGCUGAAAAUCCAGACUUGGAGAGCACGAUACAGUACAUGGAUAAAAAGGGCAAAGUGGUCGAGGAAAGGCAUCUUAGCUCGGGGGAACAAGAGAGGUACCGUCCUCGAAUGUUGUUUGCGGAUAAGCUGGGGAAAGGAACUAGGGAUAGCGAAUAA